CUCAAUUUAGUGACGCUUCGUACGCUGUGUCGAUUGAUCGUGUUGUGUUCGUAGUCUUCGCGUGUGCGUUGUCGGUGUGCGUCUUUCCCCCUCAUUUUCUUAUGCCGCACAGUCAGCGGGCAGAGAUUGGAGCAAAUUUUCGUUAGGUGCAAUUCUAGAGUUACAGCUGCUGCGUGACAGCGGCGUGUCAUUUCGCGUGAUUCUUUGUUUAUAUUGUUGCGAAAUUGACAGCAGUCUCCGGGGGUACGGUUUUCGGGAAUAAAAGAAGUGGUGCCAUAUCGCGAAACAGUGUGACACAGAACGGCGAGAAGAUGCGUUCAUUAUGAAAUUAGUUGGCAAUAAACGGAGCCAUAAAGAAGUGUACGUUCGGCAAAGACAACGACCAGCUCGCGACAACACAGUCUAAUUGAGUGAGAAGGAGUGCUUGUUUUGCGAGAUAGGACUCUCUGGUGCAUGCGAGGGAACGGGACGCAAAACUUGUAGUCAGCAGCUUUCGCGUGUAAGAACAAUAAUAGCAACAGUAGCGCAGAGGCAGAUUAAGAACGGGAAGAAGUGCUUAAAUGUUGGAUUGAUAGAAAAGGAGGUGCACUUUCUUCGGCGCAGAGACAGAUCGGGAGGAGAAAGCUCCCCAGGAAGCUACAGCAGUGCGCCCUGUCAACCCAGCGGUGACCGAUUUCUUCUAGAAAGCGCAGCAGCAACCAAGAGCUGCAUCUGUGUCUGUUUACAGUCCAUUAGACAGACAGACGGACGAACGGGUUAUCGUAAUUGUGUGUCUCCACCGUCGCCGCCGCCGCCGUCUUCGAUCGCUUCGGUCGCAUGUUUGUGUUUAUGACACCUGUGUGAGUCACACACGGUUGGGCCUACUUCGUUCUGUAUUUCGCAGAAGCAGCGCCAAGUCGAUUUUAAAUUUUAUAACACCAACACAGGCGAACUUCUUCUGGUCGGUCGUGCCGUGUCGCAAGGCAAGGUGAGGCGAGGCGAAAUCGUGGUGAACGUCGUCGACGGUCGUGUGUUGCGACAGCUCUCAGUCUGUUUGGAGGACGAGGAAUCGCCGCGCGCGGACAGGAAGAACAAGAAGAGUGAAGUGAUUCUACAAGUUUUUAUAUGCCUCCACCAGCGCGCUGCUUACCGUUGCUGGUCCGUGGGCUUCGCCGUCGUUGCAGUGGUCGUUGAUGGUGUGCUGUUGCACACACGCUGCGCUUAUUCGCUCGAUUUGUUCGCUUGGCAGUAGCGCUGCCUGCAAAGUGAAGGUGACGUGAUUUUAUAACUCUCGCGCGCGCGGUUUGUCGUCUAGGUGCUGCACACGAAGUGAACGGUGAAGUGAAAGAAGCCCUCCGCUGCGGAUCGAGGCGGUACGCGGAGAAACGAAGGGACAGAACCACAACAACUCGCACACCACGAUCGUAGCAGGCCCGCCAGCAGUGAGAGAAACCCCCGUUGGUUGUUGGGCGGCGGGUGAAGAAGUGCACGAAGAAGUAACAGAAGCAGAUAAAUCAGAAGAGAGUGAAGGCGCAACAACUAAUAAUAAAAGCAACAUCAACAAAAGCGCUUUUAUUUCAGUCCAAACAAGUUUUCUACUUGCUCGAACAAGCAAAGGAAGAAACUAACGCGGGAGAAGGGAAACGAGUGGAACGGGGUGACUAAACCGAGCAAGCUCGGAUCCAAUCACGCAGAGAAAGGCCAGUCGAGUCAGAAUCGAAUCGAAUGUGAAAAAAUAAUAGGGUUGGAAAAGUGUUUAAAGAUUUAACCUAAAACAAAUAGAGGAAUCGCUCGUGGAAGUGAAGGAAUAUUGAGGCACAGAAGAAAAGCGUUUUGUAGUAAUUCUGAAAUUGAUGCGGUUGAGGCGCCGUAGAAGAGCAACAAGAAAGGUGAAAGAUCUUGAAAAGCGACGAGCAGUUUUAUAUUUAUAUCUGGUCUUCUGAAAACCUCCAAAAACACACGAGAGCAAAAACAGCAAAACGGGCACAGACGCGACUCGUGAUCCUGUGUGUAUCUCGUCGCGCGCCGCAGUAUUAGUGGUAUUAGCGAAAAUCGUAAAAAUAUCGUCGACUUGGCCGUCGACGUUUUCGAGUGAUUCGUGAAUAUCUAUCUCUUGGGCCGUUGUGCGGAGCAAGAACGACAACUCCCGAGAGUAGCCCCGCAGCGACGAAUCCAGCGACUGAGCCGCCUGCAAAUUAAUGAUAUUUUUAGGAGAUAGUGGACUGGGAGCCGGCACCAUUACGACAAGGUGGACACCGAUGGGUCCAGGGCCAACGGCUGGUUCGUUGGUCCCGGACGACACCAAUGGGUCCGGCGUGGACAGCAAACACCUGGACGUCGGCGACAUGAGCGAUGACGAUCAGGACCUGUCGUCGGCCGAUGCCGAGGGAGUGUGGAGUCCGGACAUCGAGCAGAGCUUCCAGGAGGCGCUGGCCAUCUACCCGCCCUGCGGCCGGCGGAAAAUCAUCCUCUCCGAGGAGGGGAAGAUGUAUGGACGCAAUGAACUGAUAGCCCGCUACAUCAAACUGCGAACCGGAAAAACGCGGACGCGGAAACAGGUCAGCUCUCACAUACAGGUCCUAGCGAGACGGAAACUGCGCGAAUUCCAGGCCAAAAUGAAAGUGCAAUUCUGGCAACCCGGCCUCCAGCCGAGCACAUCACAGGACGUCAAACCGUUCUCGCAGGCGGCGUACGGUCCGAUGGGAAAGACGGCCACGGCCGUUUCCGACAGCGGUCUGCAAGCGGCACACCCCUGGGAGGGCCGAGCGAUAGCGACGCACAAGUUCCGGCUCGUCGAAUACAGCGCCUACCUGGAGAUGCGUGUCGAAGAUACUUACCACAAGCACUUGUUCGUGCAUAUAGGCGAUCAGCCGGCCCACCCGCUGCUAGAGUCGGUAGAGGUGAAAGAGAUCUAUGACAAAUUCCCGCAGAAGGCCGGUGGCCUUAAAGAACUCUACGAGAAGGGCCCCAGCAAUGCGUUCUUCCUUGUCAAGUUCUGGGCGGACCUGAAUACCAACGUGGCCAACGAUGCCGGCGCGUUCUACGGUGUCAGUAGUCAUUACGAGAGCAACGACAACAUGGUGAUUACCUGCUCGACGAAGGUGUGCUCCUUCGGAAAGCAGGUCGUGGAAAAGGUCGAAACUGAGUACUCCCGCUUCGAGAACGGUCGGUACGUGUACCGGAUCAGUCGGUCGCCGAUGUGCGACUACAUGAUCAACUUUAUCAACAAGCUGAAGCACCUGCCCGAAAAGUACAUGAUGAACAGCGUCCUGGAGAACUUCACCAUCCUGCAGGUCAUCUCCAACAAGGAAACGGACGAAACCCUGCUGUGUGUGGCAUUUGUGUUCGAGGUGUCAACGUCGGAGCAUGGCGCCCAGCAUCACAUCUACCGCUUGGUGAAGGAAUAGCAUGAAAUCCCCCAGCCCCAAAU